AUGGUGGAUCCAAACGUCCACGUCCCCCGAACAAUGAAGUCGCUCGUCGCGCCACGCUAUUGCACCCCCGCUGGAUACGAGGUGGUCGAGCUCCCGGUGCCCGAACUCAAGAAGCCACACGAGGUGCUGGUCCGGAUGCGCGCCGCGUGUGUUAACCCGGGCGACACGCAGCUCGCCAGUGGGGCGUUCAGGUUCUUCCAAUCAUUCAGCUUUCCGAUCAAGUUGGGCGUCGAAGGCGCGGGCGUCGUCGUCCAAGUCGGGUCGGCCGUCGAGACUGUGAAGCCGGGGGAUGAGGUGUAUAUGUUGGAAUCGGACCCGGCGAGCAACUUUGAACAUAUCGGAUUCAUCUCCGAGUACGCCCUCGCGUCCGAGAAGUUUGUGAUUCGCAAACCGGCAAACCUGACGUUCGUCGAAGCGGCGUCCCUGUUGGGAUCCACCAUGCCAGGGAUCGAGGCGUUCGAGACGGCCUUGAGACACAUGCCCGAGGGCGAGACCAUUGAGGGGAAGACAGUGCUUGUGACGGCCGGGCUGGGUGCGCUCGGCUCGGUCGGCACUCAACUGGCAAAGAACGUCUACGGCGCGGGCAAAGUCCUCACGACCGUCUCGACGCCCAAAGUCCCGCUCGUCGAGACCUACACACCGGGCAUCGUCGACAAGGUCAUCGACUACAAGACGCAGGACAUCCUGAAGGUGGUGCCCCGAGGCUCGGUUGACGUCGUCUAUAAUGCCCCGUGGGGAUUUACUCACCUCUUCCCCCUAGUGAAUCCAAAAUCGGGCGUCUUCAUCACUGCCUCCGGGAUCCCAAACAGCCGCUCCAUGAAACCCGUGUUUCCCCAGCUGCCCCGGGUCAUCGGCUGGCUGGCGGACCUCCUGCAGUGGUGGUAUCUGUGGAGGCUCGUGGGCACUUCGGUCCACUACGAGAUGAUCAUGAGCAAGCCGUGGGACAGGCAGAGGCUGGAACGAGCGGGUGAAGUCAUCAACGCGGGUCUCGUCAAGGCGGUGACCACGGAAGCCCGGUUCGAUGAUAUCGAGGCCGUUCGUCGAGGCUGUCAACACACGUACGAUGCUCACGGCGGACUGGGAAAGUUUGUCGUCACGUUCGCAUAG